AUGGAGGGCGUCCCAGUGACCCGCGGCCAGCAGUUCCGCCUGCGGCGCGUGCUGAGCUCGAGGCUGUUUCGGAAAGGCGGCAAGACUUUGGGCACGCUGGGGACCUUCGACACCUUCGACAUGAAGUCGCCCACGCACAUCAUUGACCCGCUGAGCCUGUCCUACCGCAUGUGGUGGUACCUCACCACGGUAUGCGCCAUCGCCACGGCUCUCUUCACGCCCUGGGAGGUGGCCUUUGACGAGAAGCCGGGGCUGAGGCCCUACAAUGAUGUUGAAGCAAUUGUGGAGUACGUCCUGACGGCUGUGUUCCUGUUGGACAUCGUUGUCCAGUUCAAUCUGGCCUUUGAGAAGAGCAAUGGCAUUCUGGAGUGCACCAGAAGGGAAAUUGCUCAGCAGUAUCUGAGAUCCAUGUUCUGGAUCGAUUUCAUUGGUGUAUUUCCCUUUUCUGCGAUCGGAGAGCACAUACAUGGCAACUUUGGCGAGAUGACGCUCCGGUACCUGGCCUUGUUCAGGCUCUUGAGAUUGGUUCGCCUGCAUCGCAUCCGGCGGCUAUUCCGUGAGCUGGAGACAAAUUUGACACUGAGUCGAUUGGCUGUCACUUUCUUCAGAAAUUUGACCAUCGUUGUCUUGUCGACGCACAUUGCUGGCUGCUUGUUCUAUUUCAUUUCUAGACAGCAUGGACUGUACGACCUCUGCACCGAAGAUGCAGAGGAUUGCAGCGACAAUAUUAUGGAUGCAGAAGACACCUGGAUUGGUGCGACAGUAAACCUAUUGGACCUGUCACGGACAGAAAAGUACAUUUAUGCCCUGUACUGGUCGAUCACGACCAUGACAACAGUGGGGUAUGGUGACCUGUCACCGAAGAACACCGCAGAAGUCAUUUUCGCGAUGGUGUACAUGAUAUACAACAUGGCCCUUGUGGCUUACAUUUUGGGGACCAUCACGCUGCUGGUGGUGAGGGCGGACGAGUCUACUGGAGAGCUGAGGGAGUGCUACAGGCACGUCACAUCCUUUGCCAGGCUGAACAACUUGCCAAAGGACCUGAGGCAGUCGCUGAAGAACCAAAUGCAGUUUAAUUUGGCCCAUCCAGAGGUCGAGGAUGACCUUGUGCUGAAAGACCUGCCUGCUGGUCUGCGGAGGCGAGUCGUUAAGGAGCUGUAUGUGGAGAAACUCAAGGCAACACCAACAUUUCGGGAGUGCUCAGAGAAGUUCCUGACUUCAUUGUGCAUACCUAAAAAUGUGCGGGUGGACACCUACCUGCCAUACCAGCUGAUCUUUGAGAUGGGGGAGUUGCUGCCUGAAUUGCACCUGAUGAUCGAUGGGGAGGCAGUCAAGAAGCAGGCAGCAGCACCGAUUGGCGGGUGGGUCGGCUCGCCCAGGGAGGUGGGAGAGCUGGGCAAGGGGGACCUGUUUUGCCCAGAUGCCUUCUACAAUGAGACACCGGCACAAUGGGCGGUGCACACCAGGAGCAUUUGCAGGGUGCUGGUGAUCCCCAAGGAUGCUUUUGACAAAGUGUCAGCACAGUUCCCCGAAGAUGCCCGCAUUGUGAAGACCAACAUCAUGAAGCAAUGCAGGGCACCCCACUUCCCAGGUGCGCCGGGAGCUCUGAACAAGGACGGUGCCAAUGGCACAGGCUCGAUUCAGGAGGAGCCGCUCCUGAAGGCGGGAACCUCGGCAGCAGACAGUCCAUUCAUGGGACCUGGAGGUGCACAAAAGUUGAACAAGGUGGACCCCCUACGCCGAGGCAUCUCUCUUGAUGCGUCACCUACCACGCCAGCAGCUGGACAUAUGGUGCCAAGAAUGAUGAGCUAUGAUGGAAAAUACAUGUUGAAAGAAGACUCAAGAUCCCCGAAUGGUCAAGCGCAGUAA